AUGCUCUACCUGCAUACUGUACUGCACGUGAUUUCGGCAUCAGCCGCAAUCGCUGCGUUGACAGCGAUUGCUUCCACUGUUUCCAUGUUCUACGAUAUCACCAAUUUCCAGGAUGAAAUUCGCAUGGAUUUACAGCAGUUUAAGGAGAUGGCCGAUGAUGCAUGGAGUCAGAUGAUGACGAACAAGGGCGAGCGAUCUGUCUACGAAAAUCUUAUCACUAGGGCUAAAAGGCAAGCAGGCGGUGACCAGUGCCAGUGCGCUCCAAUAGCAACCAACUGUCCUCCUGGGCCCCCUGGUCCACCUGGAUUAAAUGGAGAAGAUGGUGAACCGGGCACACCUGGCCAAGACGGCAAU